UUUCUGGGCAUAUAAAAGCACUUGCAUAAAUAGCCUGCUGUGCCAUUAUUUCUCUCAGCCAGUUUGGUAUAAGUGGCACAAGCAAAGAUGGCUUUUAAUCGAUGGCUACUUUUAAUGGUGUUGGUGAUACUACAUGGGGUGACAAGUACUAUGAUAAAGCUCAACAAUGGUGGAUUUGAAGAUAUUGUUGUUGCGAUUAACCCUGCCGUACCUGAAAACGACAAAAUCAUUGACAACCUAGAGAGUAUGGUGAAAGAGGCUUCUGCUUAUCUCUUCAGUGCCACAAAGCAAAGGUUUUAUCUCAAGACUGUAAAAGUUAUAAUUCCUUUAACAUGGGCAUCCAAAUCUGAAUAUCAAAGAGUAACCACAGAAUCCUAUGAAAAGGCCGAUGUCAUAGUUGCAGAGCCUUAUCUGAAAUACGGAGAUGAUCCCUAUGUCUUGCAGUAUGGAGCGUGUGGAGAAAAGGGACGAUACAUUCAUUUUACACCUAACUUCCUGACAAAAGACAAUUUGUUUCAAGUUUAUGGACCACGAGGCAGAGUCUUUGUCCAUGAGUGGGCUCAUCUCAGAUGGGGGGUCUUUGAUGAAUAUAACAGCGAUGCACCUUUUUAUAAUGUUGGAAAUAACAACGCUGAAGCCACAAGAUGCUCUGCUGACAUCACUGGUAGAUAUAUAUUCCGAACUAGCACAGGAAAAUACAGACCAUGCAGAUUUGAAGGACAAACCAAGGAGUAUGAGGCUGGAUGCCAAUUUGUUCCAAACAGAAAGCAAAGUGCUCCAGUGUCUAUAAUGUACAUGCAAAAUCUCCCUUCAGUUACUCAGUUCUGUGACAAAAAUAACCACAAUAUUUAUGCAACAAAUAUGCAGAACAAAAAAUGCAACUACAGAAGCACAUGGGAAGUCAUUAUGAACUCUACUGACUAUGUUAAUUCAUCUCCACUAAGUGCUCCUCCACCAGAACCCGUUUUCUCCUUCCUGCAAACCCAGGCUAGAGUUGUAUGUCUAGUACUUGAUGUUUCUGGAAGUAUGGGUGGGCAUAAUCGCAUUGCUCGGCUGAAGCAAGCUGCAGAACUAUUCCUCCUGCAGGUUAUUGAAACUGGUUCCUGGGUUGGAGUCGUCACAUUCAAUAAUGCAGCAAUAACUAAGACGGCUUUACAACAGAUCAACAGUGACGUUGAGCGCCAAACCCUUUCAGGCUAUCUGCCCACUAUAGCCGAUGGAGGAACUAACAUAUGUGCUGGAAUACAUCAAGGAUUUCAGGUGUUUAGGCAAAAGUAUUCAAGUACUAAAGGCUGCGAGAUCGUGCUCUUGACAGAUGGAGAAGAUUCAAGUGUAGGCUCUUGCUUUGGUGAGGUUAAAAGUAGUGGGUCUAUCAUUCACACCAUUGCUUUGGGGCCAAGUGCUGCAAAAGAACUAGAAGAGUUGUCAGACAUGACAGGAGGUUUGAAACUAUUAGCCAGUGAUAAUUUGGAUUCCAACAGCCUCAUAGAUGCUUUCAGUGGAAUUUUAUCAGGAAGUGGAGAUAUCAUUCAACAAUCUAUUCAGCUCGAAAGUAAAGGGGAAACCAUCAACCCAAACCAAAGGCUGGAUGGUACUGUAACUAUUGACAGCACUGUGGGAAAUGACACUUUCUUUGUAGUUACAUGGAAUGUGAACACAUAUCCACCUAACAUUCAACUGACAGAUCCCAAUGGAAAAAUUUACAGUCAAACACACUUCGCAAUUGAUAAGACAAAUCAACAAACAGCUCGACUCAAGAUUGAUGGAACUGCAGAGGCAGGAGAUUGGACUUAUUCAAUUCUCAAUACAUACUCAGCAGCUCAAGUCCUGUCAGUGACGGUCACCACCCGAGCAGCAUCUGCAAAUGUGCCUCCAGUGACUGUGAAAACCUAUAUGAAUACAGAUGCCAAUAUCUUUCCUAGUCCAAUUGUCAUUUAUGCAGAAGUCAGCCAAGGGUUUUUGCCUGUUACGGGUGCAAAUGUCACAGCCACCAUUGAAUCAGUGUCUGGAAAAUCUAUAGAGCUACAGCUUCUUGAUGAUGGUUCAGGUGCUGAUAUUCUGAAGAAUGAUGGAAUCUAUUCUAGAUACUUCAUAUCUUUUGAAGCAAACGGUAGAUACAACACAAAAGUGCGUGUCCAAGGAAAAGACGAAACUGUCAGACGAGUCCGCAGACAGAACCAAGUUCUUUAUGUACCUGGUUAUAUAGAGGAUGGUGAAAUAAAGAUGAAUCCACCAAGACCUGAACAUAGUGAGGAUGACAUCAAAGCAAAGCUAGGAAAAUUCAGCAGAACUGCACCAGGAGGUUCUUUUGUAAUGUCAGGAGUUCCUCCUGGAGAUCCCCGGGAUGUUUUCCCACCCUGUAAAAUCACUGACCUUGAGAUAGAGCUCAAGAGUGAGGAAUUCCUUUUGUCAUGGACAGCUCCUGGGAAUGACUAUGAUACAGGCAAAGCUGAAAGAUAUGAAUUAAAAAGGAGUGACAAUCCCUUGGAUUUAAGAGAUGCUACCUUCCAUAAUGCCCUUUCUGUGAACACUUCUGGUCUGACAACUGAACCUGCUGGGGUGAAACAAUUAUUUCAGUAUAAGCCAGAAAAUUUCACCGGAGAAAAAGGCACCACAAUCUUCUUUGCAAUGCGUGCCAUCGAUGACAGCAACAAUGUUGGAGAAGCAUCUAAUAUAGCAAAAGUAGUUGUGCUUACUCCUGAUAAUGGAAACACUAACACUAUGUUCAACAGUGUUACCAUAAUUCUGCUCACAGUAUGUGCUGCUGUAAUUGUACUAUUGUAAAUAUAAGUUUGUGUUUUAUGUAACCUGCAUGGUUACAAAACUACCCUUUGUGUUCUUAGGACUGAAAUUGUCUUUCGAAGUUUGGGGCAAGAAAACCCAAAGUGCCUUCCUUUUUAGGGCUGGAAGAAGGUCCUUAGCAGAAUGGCUUAAACCCCUCAGCUGGACAGACUAGGGUGUAUCAUGAGGUUCAUCCUGACUGCUGAUGGCCCAUCAGUAAUUAUUUGGAGGGGGGAGAACCCUUGUAAAAAAGGGGUCCGUUAGGCAGGAAAAUUGUCGCCUUUCCAGUUCUGUAACUUGUGUUCAGCUUUUCCCUAUCACAUACUUUAAAAUAAAUAACCAACAAAUCAAAAAUUGUGGCUUGCAGCAGCUUAUCAUAACGCACAACUCAGUAAUUUCCAUGGUAUUUCUAAUUUCUUGGAUAUGAGAUUCUGAUCCAGUGUUCCACAUAGGUUUGAUAUUGUGACUAAAUUGCCCUUACUGAAGCCCAGUUCAGGCAUUCUCCUCACAUAUAAGCUCUUACAUGGGGGAAGACAAAGCAGUGAUGAGUAUGGUAACUCCAUGCACUUCCUUGUCUUGCUGUCCUCUUCUUGUGGGGAGCAAUUGCAGAGGAGAGCUGCUUCUAUCUGUGGAGAUCCCCCGAGGUUUUAAAACUCUGAGAGCCUCCACAGACAGGGGGAGCUGUUGUCUGCAGACAUCCGCACUACACAUCUGAAGGAUGAUGAGAAAGGCGAUGGAGGGGGAAGAACUAACGCACUUGUUCUCACUCCGACUCUUCGUGUGUAGAGCAUACUUCUGAGGAGAAUGGAUGGAUAGGAUUUGUAUCCAAUUUUUACACCUUAGUCUUUCUCAGAUUGGAAAGGCUAAAUAAUCAAUGAGAAAGGUUGAAAUUCAGUGUGACUGCUAAAUGCCUAUGAAUUAUUGUAUAUAAAAUAACCUGUACUGUCAAUUUAGUCAUAAUGCAAAAUUAUCUUGGUCAAGAGUCUCCACACUUUUUCAGUUGGUAAGCCCAUUUGGAAUUUUGAGAGAGUGUUCUGAGUGCUUUCCCAAAAUGGCUGCCCUGGUGUGCCUUGCCCAGUCAUAAUAAAGCUGGCAUGGUGGGCAAAGCACAUCACAAACACUCCUUUCCCACAAACCAAAAUGGCGAGAGUAAAAUAAAUAAAUAAAUAAAUAAAUAAAUAAAUAAAUAACUUGGCCUAGUACCUAAGUGAAAAGCAGAGGUGCUUGUCUGAGCUCCAAAGCACAACAACAUUUUUGAAUCCAAAUAAAGAUGGCGCUGGAGAGAAGCACUUUGCUUGGCAGUAUGCCAGCCUCUCAGUUUUUUCUUUUUAAAAAAACUUUAAAUAAAAAUCAGGAGGAGCAGGGAACCUGGUGGGCACAGCGGAGCUCCACCCAUGUCAAAGAACCCAGGUCUAGGUGCUCAGGUCACCACAGUCAAAAUUGCUUUGUAAAAGGGCUGGUGAGUGAAAACAAAUCCAGACAUAUUUUUUUCUCAUUUGUUUGUUCUGCACAUGUCUGUGGACCAAACUAAGUGUGAUAGCAUCAAACCCAUAUGUUUAAACCUGGGUCUGCCUUAAUCAUGUAUAAAGUAAGGAGUGUGAUCCAAUUUUUAGAGCAAAAUGGGAAUGUGAGUGAGGGUGCGAAAUCCUCCCCCCAGUCUAUCACUACCCCACAAUCUGUCCAUUCGGGCAAUUUUUCCUUUGCCAGGUACUAUCUUGAGUGAACUCAGGUGGGGAAAAAUAUUUCAGAGAGACAUUACAGGAAUAGAUUUGGAAUUGAACAUAUAAUUCUGACACUGACACAUCCAGUUUGUCCCUUAGUGUUAAAUCUCAGGAAGACUUUCAAAGAUCCACAUGGCAUUGACUCCUUUGACAAUAGAAAUCAUUUACGUCAAUCACUUACAUCAAGGCUUUACAAAUGGGUGGAUACUUUUAAAGAAAGGGGUUCUAAUGACAGGAAAUUAUUGGUUCCCUUUGUAGACUCUGUAUGUUCAGUUCUUACAGAUUUUAAAACUGCAUAAAUGAAAUUAAUUCUAACCCUUUUGUGUUGAUUUAC